AUGGAGGAUGUAUUUGCGGCAGGAGCUUCUGUGAAUGUAGGUACGACGUCGGAGAAGGCAGGGCUGCUUUAUCGUGCUGAUCAAGUCCAGUGUUGGAGGAGCGCGGUGGUUAAAACUGAGCAGCUGCGAGGAUGUGUACCCGAGAGCCACGCUGUAUACAGAGAAGAGGUGGACCGAGCCCCGGGGGACCACAGGCCCAGAUCAAAGCUGUAUACAGAGAAGAGGUGGACCGAGCCCCGGGGGCCACAGGCCCAGAUCAAAGCUGUAUACAGAGAAGAGGUGGACCGAGCCCCGGGGGCCACAGGCCCAGAUCAAAGCUGUAUACAGAGAAGAGGUGGACCGAGCCCCGGGGGACCACAGGCCCAGAUCAAAGCUGUAUACAGAGAAGAGGUGGACCGAGCCCCGGGGGGCCACAGGCCCAGAUCAAAGCUGUAUACAGAGAAGAGGUGGACCGAGCCCCGGGGGGCCACAGGCCCAGAUCAAAGCUGUAUACAGAGAAGAGGUGGACCGAGCCCCGGGGGACCACAGGCCCAGAUCAAAGCUGUAUACAGAGAAGAGGUGGACCGAGCCCCGGGGGGCCACAGGCCCAGAUCAAAGCUGUAUACAGAGAAGAGGUGGACCGAGCCCCGGGGGCCACAGGCCCAGAUCAAAGCUGUAUACAGAGAAGAGGUGGACCGAGCCCCGGGGGACCACAGGCCCAGAUCAAAGCUGUAUACAGAGAAGAGGUGGACCGAGCCCCGGGGGACCACAGGCCCAGAUCAAAGCUGUAUACAGAGAAGAGGUGGACCGAGCCCCGGGGGACCACAGGCCCAGAUCAAAGCUGUAUACAGAGAAGAGGUGGACCGAGCCCCGGGGGGCCACAGGCCCAGAUCAAAGCUGUAUACAGAGAAGAGGUGGACCGAGCCCCGGGGGCCACAGGCCCAGAUCAAAGCUGUAUACAGAGAAGAGGUGGACCGAGCCCCGGGGGCCACAGGCCCAGAUCAAACACACUCACAGAGAUUCAGAGGCCGGCCAGCUCCAGUUCAGAGGCCGGCCAACUCCAGUUCAGAGGCCGGCCAACUCCAGUUCAGAGGCCGGCCAACUCCAGUUCAGAGGCCGACCAACUCCAGUUCAGAGGACGGCCAGCUCCAGUUCAGAGGCCGGCCAGCUCCAGUUCAGAGGCCGGCCAGCUCCAGUUCAGAGGACGGCCAGCUCCAGUUCAGAGGCCGGCCAACUCCAGUUCAGAGGCCGGCCAACUCCAGUUCAGAGGCCGGCCAGCUCCAGUUCAGAGGCCGGCCAACUCCAGUUCAGAGGCCGACCAACUCCAGUUCAGAGGACGGCCAACUCCAGUUCAGAGGCCGGCCAACUCCAGUUCAGAGGCCGACCAACUCCAGUUCAGAGGACGGCCAGCUCCAGUUCAGAGGCCGGCCAGCUCCAGUUCAGAGGCCGGCCAGCUCCAGUUCAGAGGCCGGCCAACUCCAGUUCAGAGGCCGGCCAACUCCAGUUCAGAGGCCGGCCAACUCCAGUUCAGAGGACGGCCAGCUCCAGUUCAGAGGCCGGCCAGCUCCAGUUCAGAGGCCGGCCAACUCCAGUUCAGAGGCCGGCCAGCUCCAGUUCAGAGGCCGGCCAGCUCCAGUUCAGAGGCUGGCCAGCUCCAGUUCAGAGGCUGGCCAGCUCCAGUUCAGAGGCCGGCCAACUCCAGUUCAGAGACCGGCCAGCUCCAGGAAGAGGCCGGCCAGCUCCAGGAAGAGUCCGGCCAACUCCAGCUCAGAGGCCGGCCAGCUCCAGUUCAGAGGCCGGCCAGCUCCAGUUCAGAGGCCGGCCAGCUCCAGUUCAGAGGCCGGCCAACUCCAGUUCAGAGGCCGGCCAACUCCAGUUCAGAGGCCGGCCAGCUCCAGUUCAGAGGCCGGCCAACUCCAGUUCAGAGGCCGGCCAGCUCCAGUUCAGAGGCCGGCCAACUCCAGUUCAGAGGCCGGCCAGCUCCAGUUCAGAGGCCGGCCACUCCAGUUCAGAGGCCGGCCAACUCCAGUUCAGAGGCCGGCCAACUCCAGUUCAGAGGCCGGCCAACUCCAGUUCAGAGGCCGGCCAGCUCCAGUUCAGAGGCCGGCCAACUCCAGUUCAGAGGCCGGCCAGCUCCAGUUCAGAGGCCGGCCAACUCCAGGAGGAGUCCGGCCAACUCCAGUUCAGAGGCCGGCCAGCUCCAGUUCAGAGGCCGGCCAACUCCAGUUCAGAGGCCGGCCAGCUCCAGUUCAGAGGCCGGCCAACUCCAGUUCAGAGGCCGGCCAGCUCCAGUUCAGAGGCCGGCCAGCUCCAGUUCAGAGGCCGGCCAACUCCAGUUCAGAGGCCGGCCAACUCCAGUUCAGAGGCCGGCCAGCUCCAGUUCAGAGGCCGGCCAACUCCAGGAAGAGUCCUUAUAUAUACAGAGCUAACCCUCUGUGGAGAGCUAACCCUCUGUGGAGAGCUAACCCUCUGUGGAGAGCUAACCCUCUGUGGAGAGCUAACCCUCUGUGGAGAGCUAACCCUCUGUGGAGAGCUAACUCUGCACCCAGUCCACAGAGCACCAGCCCCUCACUGAUCCUCCUGCAGGGAUAUGGGGAGAAGGCACGGAGGAGUGGAGAGGAACCAGACUGUGACCCCAUCCUCAAAGGAAACAGAGGGUUGGAAACCAAGGGCACAUUCAAAUGGUGA